UCAAUCAAUCUAAUCAGAUAAAAAUUUUCACACCCUGCUUUGACUUUUCCUAUCUUUUUUGUGGAUGUAGAUAGAUGGAACAGUUGGAACUGCUUGCUACUCCGGGAUUAUUAGGUGAAGGAGAAAAAAAUAUGGAGAACUGGUGGGGUGUUUCGUUUUGUGACGAAAGAUGAAUAGGACGAAUUAGAGAGGGAUUGGGACUUUUUCGGGACGUUUUAUGCCACCGGUUGGUUUUAAUUACGGCGUGAGUGAUGAUCUAUAUGCAUCAUUUAAAUGGAGCCAAGUUGCGGUGGAGGAAAGAGCUUUUUCGUGGAUGAUAUGAUGGUUGUUGGAGGUCUUUUGUUUCUUUUUUUGCUGAGUGGCAUGAGAUAUUUUCCAUGUUGGAAGGUUUCUUUGAAGUGAAGACUCUGCGUGUUCACACACGGCCACAUCAAGAACCUGCUCAGAUUAAGAUGGCGUUCGGCCGUCAAUUUACCCAGCUUCAAGCCAAACCAUCUCCAUACAUACCCUACUAAACCUGCUUUAUGUUAACUAGGGAUUGGAUGUAAUGGAUCUCUGUCUCCUUACGUCACAAGAUGCCGAUGCAACUGACAUGUAGGAAUUUAGGUGUACCAGCCUCCAGGAAGACCGUACAUUGUACAACAAUCCUGAGUCCCGCUUCUCCCGACCUUCCAAAUCGAAAUGGAAAUUCUCCCGAGGAAAAUUUAGUCAUGCCAAUGUACGACGCGUACCCCAUUUUUUUUACCAUGGGUCUCAUCAGGGAUGGACGGCUAUCUGGAUCCUGCAUGCAUCUCGGUUUGAUUAUUAUCUUAUCUGAUCUUUUGGAACUAUCCUUCUGUUCUCGUAUGUACUUACAUUUCCGUCUUUAGACUUCUAGCCUUUUCUUUCUUUCACAAUGCAAUCUCUUUACGGAGUCGAGAAUGAAACUCCUCGUUUGUCUAUUGUUCAGGGCGCUUCAAGUCCUCCGUUAUUAGAACUUACUCUUGGAGAUCUUCUGGAUCAGCAAACGAGGCUUCGUGCUGGAUAUGAGUGUUUAGUAUGUCCGUCUUUGGGGACGAGAUGGUCGUAUGGAACGUUGCAGGAGGAGAGUGUUGCUGUGGCUCGUGGUCUGUUGUCGUUGGGUAUAAAAUCGGGAGAUAGAAUUGGGAUAUUGGCGGGGAACUGCGCGGAGUACAUUUCUGUUUUCUUCGCCGCGGCUUAUAUUGGAUGUAUACUGGUGGUCUUGAAUAAUACUUAUACAACACAAGAAGCGAAGAACGGGCUGAAACAUGCUGGUAAGAUGAUUUGUGAGGUUUCGAAGACUGAUGCUGAUAAAUAUUAGGUUGCCGAAUCUUGUUCACUGUACCGAAAAUUGGAAAGCAGAGUACUGAAAGACUUAUCUCAGAACUAGGGCCUUUACCAAAAGAAAAUGGAAAUUCUGAAGCUCUGGAAAGGGUGGUGAUAUUGAGGGGUUCUCGAAAUGGUUUCAUGAACUACGACGGACUGAAACAUCAAGGUCAAACAAGUUUAAUGGAGGAAUUUGAGAGAGUAAAGAAGAGAGUCAAGCCGGAAGAUAUCGUGAAUUUACAGUUCACCAGUGGAUCGACAGGAAGUCCCAAGGCAGCAAUGCUUACACACUUGUAAGUACUACCUCAUAUGGUCGAGCUGAAAAAGGAAGGCCCCUUUCUGACAGCCUUUCAUAGUAAUUUAGUCAAUAAUGCCAACUCAAUCGGCGACCGUCUGGCAUUCACAUCCCGAGAUAUCUUAUGUUGUCCACCACCACUGUUCCACUGUUUCGGCUUGGUACUGGGUGUCUUAGCAAUUAUAACACAUGGCGCGAAAAUCAUUCUUCCAGCGGAGACCUUCGAUGCUUCCGCGGUACUGCGGGCAGUAUCGGAUGAGAAGUGCACUGCACUUCAUGGUGUCCCAACCAUGUUUGAGGAAAUUCUGAGCCUACCACGGCCAGAAGGUUUUAAUUGUGAUAAUUUGAGGACGGGGAUAAUAGCUGGGGCACCAGUACCGAGACCUUUAAUGAAGAGAUUAUUGACGGAGUUGAAUAUGCGGGAAUACACAUCUAGUUAUGGUAAGUCAGGAUCAUGAAUGGUAGACGAGUGUAAAUUGACGAAGUUUAUAGGUUUAACGGAAACUUCACCAACUUGCUUCAAUGCCUAUACUUACGACACUAUCGACACGCGUCUAACGACUGUUGGACAGAUCCUUCCACAUCUUCGUGCGAAAAUCAUUGAUCGAGAUGGAAAUAUCGUUCCCCAAGGCGCAAGAGGAGAGCUUUGCAUAUCUGGAUAUUCCUUGCAGAAGGGAUAUUGGAACAAUGAGGAGAAGACGGCAGAAGUAAUGGUUAAAGAUAAAGAUGGAAUCUUGUGGUUAAAAACAGGUGAUGAAGCUUCUUUCGACGAAAGAGGAUAUUGCUCUAUCACUGGGCGUUUCAAGGAUAUUAUUAUUCGAGGCAAGUUAUCAAUCAAUGAGGGAUGUUAGCAGAAAAUUAACUUUUCCUUAGGUGGUGAAAAUAUAUAUCCCCUCGAAAUCGAAACUCGUCUCGAUGCCCACCCUUCGAUCUCCCGAGCGAUAGUAGUUGGCAUUCCAGAUCACAAAUAUGGAGAAGUUGUCGGCGCCUUCCUAGAUGUGCGAGAAGAUUCGGCGGCAGUUAAAAAGAAGCUUUCAGAUGCAGAAAUAAGAGAUUGGACAAGAAAAGAGUUAGGAUGGCAUAAGGCACCCUACCAUGUAUUUUGGUUUGGAGAAGAAGGAUUGAAGAUGGAAACUCCUAAGACGGGUAGUGGAAAGGUUAAGAAGUUUGAGUUGAGAAAUGAAGGAGCUAAGAUUGUGAAAGAGAGAAGCAUGAUGCCUAAGCCCAAGUUGUAGAUUAGACUAUCGGGAAGGACAAACUGUCACCUGGGACUUGUGAUUGGGUAUAGCGUGUAGAUAGAUUAUUUUUUGUAAAUUGUUUUCUAGUAUAUGAUCUUCAUGUCGGCACUUGUCCCCGAAGGUAGCACGCCAUUAACGCAUCUAGCCGUGCUUAAAAUUAGCCUAGCAGCGCUCCAUGCUGAAAUGUGGAUGAUCGG